AUGGCUACUAUUUCCGACCUACCCACCUAUAGACCGACACCCCAAGUAUCCAUGUCCAUGUCCAAGUACAAGUAUAAGUACACCACUUCCAAUUCCAACCCAGAUCGAAGUUCGAUCGCAGUCAACAAGCAACGCGACCAGGGAAGUCAAACGCAGACCAUUCAUUCUCCAAAACUCAACCAGACGCCUUGA